GAGGUCAAAUGCACUGGAGAAAAUGGAAAGGGGCUGGCUGAUCUAUGAGCACAUUCUCGAAGGUGCAAAUUCACAUUUUGGACCCAGUCCAUUCAUUGUAUAACGAAGUUUAAAUCGGUCUCAUAUAACGAAUAGCAGCCUACCUGUGCCGCCAGAUGGACUAAGAAAAGGUCAGGGAUUACCUUGACGCAAGCUUUUUUCCACGGGCUCGUCGGGUAUACAACACUCUCCUCCCUGGCGCACUGCUGUAGUCUGUCUGGGCUCCUCCACAUGGCACGUGUUUCUCCGAACUGACUCCGAUAACCUCAAACUGAGUUUGGUGGAUCUUUUCUCGCUUUACCUGAGCGAGGGGAUGCCCUGCCUGCAAUCUGAGUUGUUAGAGUUCAUGGAGUCUGACAGUGCGACUCCUGCCAGGGCAUCAUUUGAAGCUGCUGUGAUGACACAGGAGUUCCCCCGCAGAGAGAAAGAGACGAAGCCGCUGAUGAUGAGGGGCAUGGGCUGGUUCUUCUCCCCGCUGUGGAGCCCGCGGUCCAAGACGCGUAAAAAGAGGUUUGAGGACGGUAUGAAGCGAGACCAUGUAGAGGCAUGGCUAGACGACCACUCUGAUUUCACGAGAGCCUACUUUUUACGCAGAGCUUCUGUGGUCAGUUCACAGACAGAGACGUCCCCUCAACUGCCCAGGCUUCCUAAGAGCAGCUCAGACCACUCUGGCUUGCUCAUGAAGGCUCCCCCUCAUCGCAGAGGUUCCUCCCAAUUCAGCGGCCCACAUUUGAACAUUUCCUCUACAUCAGACAGGCUCAAACCCCUCACUUCCAACCGCGGUGCCUCAGAGUGGAUCGAUUGUUUCAGUCCUGAUGUGGGCUGUCACUCCCCUCUCUCCCCUCGCUCCUCUCGCUUCACCUUCUCUCCUUGCCUUCCUCUUUCUCCCAUAUGCCCCAGUUCUCCUGAAUUAUCCCACUCCCCUCCUCAACAGCAGCGUCCCACUGCCACAUCGACUACAGCCUGUGGAAAUGGCGAGUGGUGCCCGUGGAUAAUGGAGCUCCUGCGAGGAGGUCUCAGCUGGGUGGGUUCUGUGGCAGAGCUCUGCCACGGGGCUGUCCUGCACUCUGGGGAGUUGAUGGAAGCAGAGGGUUGCUGCCUUUCUCUAGUGAAAAAAGACUGUGGUGGAAGGAGCACAUUGGAGGAGGCUGUUGCCUUGAUGGAGUUGGGGUGUUUUAGUGAAAGGAACCUCUGCAGCCAUGCGCACAUGGAGCUGGUCAAGGGCAUCAUGGGUUGUGUACUGGCUACUGGGUCACUGAUGAACUUGAAAGAUGUAUCAGAGGAUCCCAGAUUUGAAAUAGAUGAUGAUCAGUCAUCAAAGAUCCGGAGCAUUUUGUGCAUUCCCAUCAAAAACCACAGAGGAGAGGUGGUUGGUGUAGUGGUUAUGAUCAACAAGAUAAGUGGUGCUGAUGGAUCAGUUUCUGUUUUCACCAACAUGGAUGAAAAGGUACUCUCUAAUCACAUGGAUGUGUUGGGGAUGGUCCUGGAUAAUGUUCAGUUGUAUGAGAGCUCUAGACAGGAAGCCAAACGGAGUCAGGCCCUGAUAGAGAUGGCAGAGGUACUGUCAAAGGAGCACCAAUCAUUCGAAGUUUUACUAAGUAAGAUGGCUGCCACCAUCAUGCCCUUCACACGUGCUCAGUACUGCACCAUCUUCAUCCCCAACGAUCAAGACAAGGAUUCAUUCUCCAGAGUGAUCCACUUAGAGUGUGAAGAGCUUGGAUCUACCUGCCAGAUCUACAGGAGGGAGCAUGACAUCAGCGAUAUUGACCAGACAUACGCCCGUCGCACUCUGUCUGCUAUGGAAACGCUCAAUAUGUCGGAAAGUUGCGAAGAAUCAAUGAAGAGUCUGAUAUGCUGCCCUGUCAGAAAUGAGAUGUCUGAAGAUGUUAUUGCGGUGUGCCAGCUUAUGAGCAAAAGGUGCAGAGACUCAGACGAGUUGGAGGCCUUUAACAGAUAUGAUCAGCGCCUACUAGAAGACCUGGCAGUAUACUGUGGCCUGGCCCUGCAAUAUGCUCAGGCCGUGCAGAUCACUGAGGAGCGGAGAGCCAGUAUUGAGGUCACACAGGAGGUUCUUGCAUAUCACAUCACAGCAGCAGAGCAGGAAGUCCAAGCAUUGCAGGAGGCUUCGAUUCCCUCUGCCAAAUCCCUGCAUAUUCUGGACUUCCAUUUCUCUGGUUUUGGUCUGCCAGAAGAUGUAACCUCUCAGGCCACCGUUCGUAUGUUCCUUGACCUCAACUUGGUGCAGGAUUUUAACAUCGAUUACAAGAGUCUCUGCCAGUGGGUCCUGACUGUGAGACGUGGUUACAGGAACAGUGUGCCUUAUCACAACUGGAGCCAUGCACUGAGCACUGCUCAGAGCAUGUUUGCCAUUCUCACGGCCACAGACCAACUCCAGACAAUCUUUUCCCGUCUGGAGAUUUUUGCAUUGAUGAUAUCCACUUUGUGUCAUGAUAUUGACCACAGAGGAGUCAGCAACUCUUACAUAGAAAGGAGUCAGCAGCCUUUAGCUCAGCUGUAUGGACACUCUACUCUUGAAAAUCAUCACUACAACCUGUGCCUCUUCAUCCUGAACAACACUGGGAGUCAGAUUCUCAGCGGUCUCUCUCCAGAGGAUCACAGAUCUGUACUACAGAUGAUCAAAAGGGCCAUCCUCGCCACUGACCUGACUGUCUUUAUGGAGAGGAGAAAAGAGUUCUUCAGUCUUACUAAGAAAAGUAAAGUGAGUUGGAAGAGUGAGAAACAAAGAGAUUUAUUGAGGUCAAUGUUGAUGACAGCCAGUGACCUCUCUGCUAUCACAAAGCCUUGGCAAGAACAAAAAAGGAUUGCCAACUUGGUUGCCACUGAGUUCUUUGCGCAAGGGGACAGAGAGAAAGAGGAGUUCAAAAUCAAUCCUGUUGGCAUAAUGAACAGAGCGAACAGUACUCGUCUGCCAUACCUGCAAGUUGAAUACAUAGACGACAUCUGCUAUCCACUCUACAAGGCUGUUUCGUCACAGUUUGAUGCGUGUUCCCCGCUGCUGAUUGGAUGCAAAAAGAACCGAGAAAACUGGAAGCAGCUUGCUAGGGAAGCCGAGGAAGACAGUGAAAAUAGUUUUUGCAGUGUUACCCUGGAAGCUCAUGAGGACGAUGAGGAAAAGUUACAGACAGAGGAAUAGAGGAGAUAGCAGAAGAUUAAGAUGACAUAGCUUUUGGACCCCUAAAGAGUUUACCCACCCAUACUUGUUCCUCAUCUUCUCUCGGACAACUUUUCACUGAAUGUUGCCCUGUUCCUGACACAUGAACUUUAACUACAAAUGAUGUCAGUGGAAUUUACUCUAGUACACUAUUGUUUAAGUAAUGCUGCAGGUAUGACCGAUUAUCUCCAUACUGUGUAAUGAAUGCAUACCCAGAUGUUCAAAUGCAUAAUGGGUUGAAUGUGUAUAUGAUAUAUCAUGUUGCAUAUAUGCAUCAAACCAGAGGGUUACUUUUUGUGAGUGGCUGUUUUCUGUUAUGUAACAAUUUUAGACAAAGUAAUAAAGUUUCUCAUCAUAAAUAACAAUUACA